UAGGCUAGGCGGGCGCCCGUGUGGCCACUGCGCAUGCGAGCCCCGCCGCGGGGCCGGGUGGGCGGGGGAGAGGGCAGCGCGGAGCCGGACCCCGCCCCUCCGCGGCUCCACGCGUGACGUCGUGGGGGGCGCCGGCCUCCCCCCGGCCCCGAGUGAAAUGCCUGGACGGGAGACAGGGCAGGGGCUGAGCAUUUGUGACACCUGCAUUUCCGUGGCUCCCUCCUUCUCCCCGCACCCCAUACAUUUAACUCCUCGACUUCCAGAUGUUCCUUUUCAUCAGGCUGUCGCUUCUUGCGCUUCUUGCGCGGAACAGAGUACUUUACUUGGAAGCAGGAGACAGGAGCAGGCUCUCCGUGGAGGCCCAUACCCCUCUGCUCCCCAUGGGCAGCUGCCAGGCAGGGCACAACUUGCAUCUCUUUCUGGCCCACCACCCACCUCUGGUCUGUGCCACUUUGAUCCUGCUGCUUCUUGGCCUCUCAGGUCUGAGCCUUGGUGGCUUUCUCCUUACCCACAGGACUGGCCUGCGCAGCCCUGACAUCCCUCAGGACUGGGUGUCCUUUUUGAGAUCUUUUGGCCAGCUGACCCUGUGCCCCAUGAAUGGGACAGUCUCAGGGAAGUGGCCAGGGUCUCACGUCGUGGGCUUACUGACCACCUUGAACUUCGGAGAUGGUCCAGACAAGAACAAGACUCAGACAUUCCAAGCCAAGAUUCCGGGUAGUCAGAUAGGAUUGAAAGGACCUUCUGCAGGAGAGCUGAUCCUCAUCACAGCCAGAGUGACCACAGAAAGGACUCCAGGAACCUGUCUAUAUUUUAGUACUGUUCCAGGAAUCCUGCCCUCCAGCCAGCCACCCAUAUCCUGCUCAGAAGAGGGAGCAGGAAAUUCCACCCUGACUCCUAAGAUGGGUGAGGAGUGUGUCAGAGUCUGGAGCCACGAAGGCCUUGUGCUCACCAAGCUGCUUACCUCAGAAGAGCUGGCCCUGUGUGGCUCCAGGCUGCUGGUCUUGGGCUCUUUCCUGCUUCUCUUCUGUGGCCUUCUCUGCUAUGUCAGUGCUGUGUGCUUCCACCCGCGCCGGGAGUCCCACUGGUCUAGAGCCCGGCUCUGAGGGCACUGGCCUAGUUCCUGCCUUGUUCUCAGGUGUGAAUCAACUUCUCGGGCCUUGAUUCAGAGUCAGAAGAGACCUUACAAACAGUGAAGAGCUAGAAUUUGGGAGAAAAUAAAAGGCUUAAAAAUUCUUUCUUUUGUCCAAUGUGACCUAACGUGUUUAUUGGGGAUUGG